GGAACAGGCGUGAAUGUGCUGUGAAGACACCGUGUGCAGCAUGUGGAGUGCAAUUCUUGUGUUUGGUAUCUUAGCGGCAUCUAUUCUGCAGACGAAGACUGCCAGCGAUACGAUUCUUCGAGUCCAUGUACCUGUAGAAGUUCAGGGGUACCCAGCAGUUACACCAGAGAACCCCUUGACUUAUCCUCCUCGAACAGAAACACCCACAUCCAUCAUUCAGACAGGUUACCCCCAAAUUACACCUGAAGUACCUCUCACUUACCAUCGUCCAGUCGAAACGUCCACAUCAGCUAUUCAAACAGCUUACCCCAAAAUUACACCUAAAAUUCCUCUCACUUACCCUCGUCCUGUCGAAACAUCCACAUCAGCCACUGAAACAGGUUACCCCAAAAUUACACCUGAAGCUCCUUUCACUUACCAUCGUCCAGUCGAAACAUCCACAUCAGCCAUUCAGACAGGUUACCCCAAAAUUACACCUAAAAUUCCUCUCACUUACCCUCGUCCUGUCGAAACAUCCACAUCAGUCACUAAAACAGGUUACCCCAAAAUUACACCUGAAGUUCCUCUCACUUACCCUCGUCCAGUCGAAACAUCCACAUCAGCCAUUCAAACAGGUUACCCCAAAAUUACACCUAAAAUUCCUCUCACUUACCCUCGUCCAGUCGAAACAUCCACAUCAGCCAUUCAAACAGGUUACCCCAAAAUUACACCUAAAAUUCCUCUCACUUACCCUCGUCCAGUCGUAACAUCCACAUCAGCUAUUGAAACAGGUUACCCCAAAAUUUCACCUGAAUUUCCUCUCACUUACCCUCGUCCGGGUGAAACAUCCACAUCAGCCAUUCAAACAGGUUACCCCAAAAUUUCACCUGAAUUUCCUCUCACUUACCCUCGUCCGGGUGAAACAUCCACAUCAGGCAUUCAGAGAGGUUACUCCAAAGUUACCGCCCCAAACCCUCUAACUUACUCCUCUGCAGUCCAAGUUUUCACAACCAACGUCGUUAAUAAAGGAUAUCUGAAUGCUUAUCCUUCUAAUCCUCUAACACACAAUUCGCCCUCUGAGAUCUCCUCAAGUAGCAGCACAAACCUGAAAACUUGCGAACUGGUACAACGUAACCCACUGAGCAGUUUGUACAAAACAGAUCUUGAUCUUGAAGUGGUAAAGCCCGCAACUUCAGACUUAGAAGACCCAAGGUUGGCAGUUUCAAACCAGCCGGCUUCGAGACUUCAAGGGCAGUACAUCGGUGCUGCAGACGCUCCAGAGAGGUCACAUGAUGACGGACGCUAUCACCCGCAAAAGGAAAGCGGGGACAUCAGGACGGCAGUUCAUGGAGAGUCUGGAGUCGACUAUCCAGUUUUACAUUCUGUUCCUGACAUUGCAUUUUCGUGUGAUGGAAGGGCUGAAGGCUAUUAUGCUGACGUGGACAGUGGCUGUCAGGUGUUCCAUAUCUGCUACAGAAACUCGCUGAAUCACGCCUUCCUCUGCCCCAACGGGUCCAUCUUCAACCAGAAGCUGUUGACUUGUGACUGGUGGAAUAAUGUGGACUGCUCAGUGUCCGAGAAAUAUUACAGUCUCAAUAUUGGGAUCGCUAAGGCAGAUCGAAACUUCGAAGCAAACAUCUACCAUUUCGACACAAACCUCAACAAGCUGCAAUUUUCCUCUAAGCUCCAUGUCUUCACAAGUACAGAAAUUGAGAGAGAAGAAACUGUCCCUGUUACUGACGCUUUGUUUCUGGUUACAGCGUUACUUCCGCCAACGUAAGACAAGUGUAGAUGUCACUGCUAAUCUUUCUUCCUUAUAAUCAUUCUUAACCUAAAGCAUUACGUGUUCAUACGUAUACACUUGUAAAGGGUCAUUCCAUGUGAAGUCAUCCAGAGA